AUGAGGUGCUCCUCGAUACCGGUAGCACUGCUCCUAAUUGCGCUGGCCUGCAAGGCCGGCGCCGCAGCCAUCCAUGUCGACGCCGCUGUCACGGUUGAGGCAGGCCCCGGCCCCAAUCUAGCGGGCGCUGUCGCAUCCGCCGCCCAGCUCGCCCAGACCAAGGCCGCUGCCGCCGCCGCUGUCGCCGCCGCCGCGGAGAAGGCCGUAGAGGCCAAGGUGGGCGCCGCCCUCCAGACCGGCGCCGCCGCCGCCGCCGCGGCCGGCAGGAUUGCGUCGUCCGCAGCCGGCGCUGCUGAGGCCACCGUCGGCGCGCACGCCGCCGCGGCCCUCGCCGUCGCCGCCGCCGCGGCAAAGGCCGACGCCGCCGCCAAGAAAGCGGUCGUCGGCACCGCCGCCGCCGUCGCCGCCGCGGUCGAGGACGCCGCCCACGCGCAGGCCGCGGCCGCGCUGUCCGCCGCCAAGGCCGCAAAGGACCUGGCCGCCGGCGCCGCGGCCUCAGCCCUCAAGGCUGCCUCCGCCGCCACCAAGGCCGCCGCCGACGCCGCCGACGCCGCCAAGAAGCUCGCCGCGGACGUCGCCUCCAAAGUGGUCAAGUCCAAGGUGGACGAGGCAGCCGCCAUCGCCAGUGCCGCCGCGCAGGCGCACGCCGCAGGCGCCCAGCUCGUGACCGCCAAGGUUGGCCAGGCCGCCGCCGUCGUGGGCGCCGCGGCCGAGGCCGACGCCGCCGUCAAGAGGUUUGCCCUGGACUCUACCGUCGCCGCCGCCAACGCCGCCGCCAACGCGACCGCCAAGGCCGCCGCCGCCGCCCUCGAGGCGGCCCAGCGCGCGUCUCAGGCCGUGACUGGCCGCGCGUAUGACCUGGCGGACGACUUCUUGCUGCGCCCCAUGACCCCCGCGCCCGCCAACUUUGCGGCCGGCUCCUGCACCGGCUCUGGCUACUGCUACCCGCCCUAUGUCUCCCCUGACGUGGCCCUGCCCCGCCCCUCGUGCCCCGCGGGCUACAGCCUGUCGCCCGUCGGCGUGUGCACCAAGAAGGUGCAGGUUGCCACCAAGACCUGCUUCGUGGGCCCGGUGUGCAUGGCCCCCUUCAACCAGACCGGGAACGCCACCUGCUGGGAUGACAAGGUGAUGCAGCUGAUCACGGGCCUCCUGGCCCUGAAGAAGGCGGGCGCCGCCCUGCCCCUGGCCGUCGCCCCCGCCCUGGCCGAGUUUGGCAGCGCCUCGGCCUCGUCCGCGAUGCACCUGGCGCAGCAGAGCCUGGAGCUGCACGUCGGCGCCGCGAUGAAGGCGGCGGGCGUGGGCGCGAAGCUGCUGGGCAAGGACGGCUACGAGCUCGUCAACAUUGGCUCCCGGCUCAUGGCCUUUGACUGGCCCUCCCUCCCCGACCUCGACAAGGUGUGCGCGUCUGUGGCCAAGGCCGCAGCCCAGCUGCCCCAGUCUGUGCUGAGCGAAGCCAAGAAGGCGGCGCCCAAGUGCGUCCGCAAGUGCUGCAAGCCCGACGUCACCACCAAGGUGUCGGCCGCCGCCCCCAGCCUCUCCUGCCCCGAGGGCAAGGGCCUCGACCUGGUGGGCCUCAAGUGCGUCGCCAACACCACGGCCGGCUACGCGCCCUGCCCCGCGGGCAUGCGCGCCUGCGCGCUGCUGGAGUGGCACCGGCCGCUCUGCGCCGUGGAGGGCGGUGUGUUUGGCGUGGACAGCUGCGUGGCGCUGGGCGUGCUCAGCCUCGCACACAAGCUGCCCAAGGUGGCCUGCCCCGCUGCGUGA